AUGUUCCAGUCUACACGAAAAGAGGCCCUCUGUAUCUCUUGUUUGCUGCAUGCUGCCUCCAGAAUCCGAAUUCUCUACAAGAGCCGGGAAACCGGAAGUCUACAAGGCGCCCACUUUCGUCCCCUCCUUCCAGCUGGUCGAAUCAUCCCAUUUAUAGACCACAUCCUCUGUACCCUCAUGACGGCGCAGCAACACAAAGCCCCGAUCAUUGACAGGCGAAAGUGUCUCCGGCUCAGUUGUCUUGGCAUGGCACUGUUUCCCAAUUUUAUGGCCCGGACGAAAUUGCCCAUUAGGUGGGCGAACGGACCAAUAAAACUCCACCGCAUCGUGUCCAUCUCUUCGGCAGACACGACCACACGACUACACGAGAGUAUACAUGCUUGCAGCAGCAGAAACGGAGAUGAAAGAUAA